UAGAGGGGUCAGGAGGACCACAUGCGAGGGGGGGUGAGUUCUAUUUAUCUCGAAGCUCAAGGCCACUCAGGCGCGGUUCCCACCAACUUUACUAAUCGCCUGGGCAGGGACUUCAUUGGUUACACUGACUGGUUCACCUUGAUGAAGGACAUAGUCAGUCUUGAGGUUGUGGACCUCGUCACCACAGCAGGCAGCAAAAAGCCCAUGGGCGGCACAUGGUUCAAAGGCAGCAACCGUUUUGCUGUGCAUGACCUGCUGGAAGCCGGAGAAGAAGCCGAUGUAGAUGACCCCACUCUUGGUGACGACCAAGAACAGGACUCUGAUACAGCUUGUGGGUGCAAGGUCAUCUCCAAGAUCGAUCUCAAGUCUGGCUACCACCAGAUUGAAGUCGAUCUUGCGGACCAGCACAAGACUGCAUUCAAAACACGCGAUGGGCUUUACGAGUUUACCGUAAUGCCCUUCGGUCUCACGAACGCACCGGCCACCUUCCAAAGCCUCAUGGGCAAAGUCCUCCGCGAACAGAUUGGCCUGUUCGUGGUGGUCUACCUCGAUGACAUUUUAAUCUUCGGUGAGUCCAUGGACGAAAACCUCAAGCACCUUGAGGAAGUACUGACCAUCCUCAAGAAGACGCAGCUCCAUCUCAACUUAGAGAAAUCUGAGUUUGGGAAGGAUAGUGUCAUCUAUCUUGCGGACCGGUUGUCUGCUGCAGGCCUAGAGCCUGAAGCAACCAAGGUGGAGGUCAUACGCAACUGGCCUCAACCCGUGAACAUUCGCGAACUGCGUUCUUUUCUUGGUCUCACGUCAUACUAUUGGAAGUUUGUGCCCCACUUCUCCAUUGUUGCACGUCCAUUGUCUCGACUAACAAAUCCAAAACUGGCAUUCGUAGUAACUACGGAUGCAAGUCAAUAUGGAAUCGGCGUAGUGCUGCAACAAGAUGAUGGCGAUGGCUUGCGGCCACUCGAAUACUACAGCAAACGCAUGCCCAACGUAAAGGUAGCCACUUCCACCUACAUGCGCGAGCUCUAUGCUUUGCGUAUGGCGUUGGACCACUGGAAACACUAUCUUUUGGGACGCCACUUCAAAGUCUUCUCAGAUCAUGAGACUCUGAAGUGGAUCGAACAGCAAACUACCCUAUUCCGUACCUUGCUUCGCUGGUUCCAUGAGAUUGACAUUUUCGAUUUUGAAUUAAAACACAAAAAGAGUUGUUAUAAUCGAGUCGCUGACGCAUUGUCUCGCCACCCUAAGUACAUGACUUGCCUUGUCAAAUCCUACGACCUCCGGAAGAAACUGAAGGAGGAGCUCGUAGAGCACACCGCCAAGGAUCCGCAGUUGAGUUCCAUCCUUGAGCGGCUACAGGCUGACCCCAGCAGUCAGCCUGAUUUUCACGAGUAUGGAGGACUGAUUUUUCGUCGCUACGGGAACCACGACCGUUUGUGCAUUCCCAACCAUGAGCCUCUCCGCACGCACUUUCUGGAUUUGGCUCAUGGCCGGAGCGGACACUUCGGUAUGGCAAAAACGUACACAAAUUUGUUGAGACAGUUUGAUUGGUCUGGCAUGAAAGGGACUGCUGAAAAUUUUGUGGUUGAAUGUCAAGUCUAUCAACGAAUCAAUCCAAGCAGACAAAAGCCGAUGGGGCUACUCACACCCUUACCCAUUCCCGAUGGACCCGGGGAGUCCGUCUCCAUCGACUUCACCGACACGGGAAAGGUAAGUAAGAGCGGCUACUCACAGGUCAUGGUGAUUGUUGACCGAUUCUUUAAGUUCCUCAACCUGAUCCCUUUGCCGCCUCAUGCCCCAACAGAACUAGUGAUUCGUGAGCUCCAACAGAAGUACAUUCUGCUGUUCAGAACCCCGAAGACUCUUGUGAGCGAUCGGGAUCCGCGCUUCAUUAGUACUGAGUGGAAGGACUUCACGUCUCAACUGGGGAUCAAGCUGUGUAUGACAUCUGGCCGACAUCCGGAAGCCAACGGUUUGGCUGAGGAGAUCAACCAGACUGUGUCUCAACUUCUUCGCGCUUUGGUUAUCCCGGAUCAGGAAACAUGGGAUGAAGAGUUGUAUUCUGUUAAGGGGUUAUACAACAACUCCGUCCACUCCGCCACCGGCAUGACACCCAACAGGCUGCAUUACGGUUGGCAGAUCCGGAAUCCGCUCUCUUACCUAUUCCCUGAGCAGCCAGCUGGCUUAACACCCGGCGGACCUGGCUUCAGGGCCAAGUAUGAUCGCUUGCUCAAAGUUGCCAUUGCAACUAUGACCAAUCGACAACACACCAUGAUCCAUCAUGCGAACAAGAAGCGCCGAUCAUCGGAUAUUUAGGUACGAAGCUAUGUCUGGGUCAAGAUGUCUGAAUUCUCAGAAGAAGAGGGAGUCUCACGCAAGCUUCUCCCUCUA